GGAGGUAUGUAGCGGGCGGGUAGCUGAAUCUAUUUCUAUCCCUCUUGCUCUUCGCAGAGACAGCGCAACUUAUGUUUCGAAUGUUGAGCUCGAGGUUUUCAUUGAUUUGAGUCUUUCUUUUAUCAUAAAAGAACAAGCGGAAGCGCCACCACAAUGUCUCGGGUACCUUUCGCGAAAGAAGUUUCGUGUUUGUGUUGUUGCUGCAUCUGCGAUGGCACUCUGCGCGAAUAUAUGCGGAACUGCGGUGGAAAAACACCUUCGCACGACCACCGCCUAAAGAAAGAAUUGUAUCGUCGUGAUCUUUCGGUUGCGCCCGUGCCCAUCCAACCAGUCAAUGUGAAAGCAAUUACGGAAUCUGAACCAGCCACAAGCUUCCAGGAAGACAUGUCAGAAGAAGUUUUGGGUGUGGUCCAGGUACAGUUGAACCUGCAGGGCGAAGCAGAGGUGGACACCGGGUUACAAGUGGUUGCACAGGAAAGAAUGACGGAUCAACUACAAAUCGAGGCGCCGCCGGUCAAAAAUCCGUCAGUGGGGGAGCGGGAGAACCAUGAACAAGCCCCACCCAUGAAACAAUCCUCGCGGUCGGGGUCGUCGCACUCGCAGUGUGUCAACAUACCCUUCCGAAAUCCCACACAUCCGUAGUGCGCGUCGGAUCCAUUAUGAAAAAAGCGUACUUUACGAGUUCGCGUGAUGAUUAACUUUAGAGCUUUAACACGAGGACAAACUAACGCCUGCGAGAAUCGAAAGAAGUUGUAUCUCCAUCUGCAGUGUACAGGAUGUCGCGACCCUUGUUCGCAACGCCAACGACCACCCGCAUUAGAUCUCUGUAUUGCAGACGGGCUCGAGUCGAGAACGUCUUUUCUCCUGGAUGGGUAGUCGUUUCGAUCCAUCUGCGAUGUUGAAUAACCUCCUUUGGCUGUGCCCGUUGCAGAAGUAGUG